AACAUCAAGAGAACUGCAGCUUACUAUGGUGUUCCCGAGAGCACUCUUCAUGAUCGCUUUCGUGGUGCUCGCAAGUCUCUUAGUGAUGCUCACAAGCACCAGCAGCUGCUCUCAGAGCACAAAGAGCGAGUGCUUGUGGAUUGGAUCAAGCACCUUGAUGCUGCAGGCAACCCAAUCAGUAAACAGACCAUCAAACAG